AUGGACUUCCUAAACGAGAGUCAAACAGGGCAGGACAUUAACCAGAACUCAUUCAAUGGAAACGCUGGACCAGCCCUCCCCAACAGUGAGGAAGGUGACAAUACGAUCAGUUCGGAGGCCCCUUCUGGAGUCCCGGCAAUGCCACAAGCAUCGGAGGCCGCGGUGAUACCUCAAACUCCCCAAACCCCACAAAUUCCACCGCAAACAGCAGCGCCGGUGCAGCAAUCGAGCGCCACCAUUGCCGUCUGCCAAGCUGCUAAAAAGGGUAUAGAUGCCCGAACUGCUGAAAUUGACGCGAAAUCAAGGGAAAAAGAGAGGCAACUGACAGAAGCAGCCCAGGCAUAUUUGAAGGAACAGAAUAAGAUGCGCGAGGAAAAGAUAAAGGAGGUCAAAGCGAAGCACGUGAAGGAGCAGGAAGUACAAGAAAAACAGAAGCCAUGCUCGGAUGAAAACGCUGUGUGGGUCAAUGUGGGGAAAAUGGUGGCUUUCAACAAGGUCAAUAAGUACUCCAAAAAUACGGAGCGGAUGAGGAGCAUUCUGGGUAAGUUGUCACAGUCAGGGAGUGGAUAG